UAGAAACAUAAACAUAUAACCAUAGACAUAUAUAUAUACUUGGACGCCUCACUAUGGGGGCCUGCCCAUCAUACAUCUGCGCGGCUGCCAUAUUGGAUGUGGCAGCUCUGCUCUGUGAACUAAUACGCAAUAAGUCAAUGGAGUUAACUUUUUAAAGCGCCAUUCCACAAAGCUCUGGAAGUGAAUGCCUCUCAUUUACACAUUAACACUCAUACCAAUAUAUUCAGGAAACAGAUAGAUACCAAAAACAAAUGUUGUGAAUGUUACAGCUGACAAUGUAUGUAACGCUGUUACAGUAAAUGACAGUUAAAUAUUGAAUCUGUGUCUUGACAAGGAGUUUGGAUCCUACUGCUGUAACUGCUGGGGGACAACGCCCGUCAGUGUGACCGGUAUGAACCGGUUAAUUCCUGCAGCAGUGCACUGUGCCUUCAAUUAAACUGGUCUUUUGGUCAUUUUACCUGCCAUUUGUGCGUCAGCGUCUUUAGUUUGUGUUAAUUAAUAUUCUGUUAACACAGUCACAUUUUGUAGACCCCUCUUAAGGGUCUCACCUCCCUAUACGGAACAAAAAUGGGUCUGGAUAUGAUUAGGUCUAAUUACCAAAACCUGGAUGACUACAGACCUUCAUCAACAGGAUAUGUUUAGGACUGUGCUUGAAGUCAGGUGUGUUGUAAUUAUGGAUAUUAUUAGACAGAAUAUCCAGGUCGGUGCAGCGUCCUCUUCAGUAGUGGGCGGCUGUGGCUCAUGGAUAGAGCUGGUUCGAUUCCCCUGGUCUGCAUGUUGAAGUGUCCUUGGGCAAGACACUGAACCCCAAACUGCUCCUGAUGUGUAUGGCAUCAGUGUAUGAACUAAUGUAAGUCGCUUUGGAAAAAAGUGUCAGAUAAAAUGCCCUAAAAAUGAAAAUGGUGGGAAAUAUAUUCAUGCCUUUCGAGAUCUUCAUGCCUUUUAAGAUAUUUGUGCCUUCUAAUUUAAUUAAAAGUAUCUGUGCAACAGUGUAGAAAUACUCAGUCAUAACUGGUAGCUAAAGCUACAAAUGUAGUGGAGUUGACGUGUGUGUGUGUGUGUGUGCCUCUGACAGGUCCAUGUCAGUAUGCAUCGUUGGCUCCUUCAUGGUUUUCAACAGUGUGUUUUGUAAGUGGCCCAUAUAAGUAACGUGUUUGACUGCAUGUGGAGUUUUUCCCCCCUGAAAAUAAUGAAUUAAAUCAUGAUAAUAAGGACUGAAAUUAGGCUGAGUGGGCCUUCUUUCAAAUGAUUUAUGUUUAAUCAUACUCAAAUGUAUCGAAGUUGACUUGUCUGUUAAAAACAGGCUUCAGUAGUCAUGUCAGAUGACUACACCUGGCUGUUUCCUCAAGCUACAUCACAAAUGUGUAUGUUUGACUGUUUCACAGUUACAGGCUAGUCAUAUAUGCAGUGCACCUUGGGCUACAUUGCUGAGGGAGUAAUCAGUUGCAUUUUGCAACCAGUUCAACAAGUUACUUGUGCUGUUUUUCACCUAUAUAGGUAGAGAUGUACUAUCUGUAAAGCCAGCAGCUCAUCCGACACAGCCUCCUGCUGUGGAUCCACUUUGCGCACCAGCAGUCAGUCAUCAUGUCGGACCCAAAAGUGAAAGACUUCGAUGAACUAACGUCUUUUCUGGGAGACUACGGACUUUUUCAGAUUUUAAUAAUUGUUCUGCUCAGUUUAGCUGCAAUUCCAACUGGAUACAUGGGAGUGAUCGUGGUUUUCGUGUUGGAUACACCAGAGUAUCACUGCAAAGAGUCCAUCGACUCCACACGCAACGGCACAGAUGUGGAGCAGCGCAGCUGGAUCGGACCUGACAGCUGUUCCCGGUACAAAGUGAACGGAAGCUGGACGCAGACAGCUGGACUCAGCAAUGACACAGAGCAAUGUGUGGAUGGAUGGGUGUUCAGCACUGAGAUGUACAGCUCCACUGUUGUGUCUGAGUGGGAUCUGGUGUGUGAACAUGCAUGGAAGGUCCCUUUUUCCACCUCCUUAUUCUUUGCAGGAGUCUUGAUUGGAUCCCUCAUCAGUGGUCCCUUCUCAGACAGGUUUGGCAGAAAGCCGGUGUUUUUUUUCACCAUGGUCUUACAGUCAGUCACUGCCUUAAUCCAGGCCGCCUCCGUCAGUUGGGUCAUGUUCUGUGUCCUCAACUGUCUAAAAGGACUUGGCCAAGUCUCCAACUAUGGCACAUCGCUCAUACUGGGGUCUGAGAUGUUGGGCCCGUCUGCCAGGAUGAAAUUCGGUCUGCUAGCCCAAGGUGUAUGUUACGGCAUCGGCUACGCCUUGUUGCCGCUCUUUGCCUACUUCAUACGAGGCUGGAGGAUGCUGCUGGUAGCUUCUGCCAUCCCCGGAUUGAUAUAUAUUCCAGUGUGGUGGGUCAUUCCUGAGUCUCCACGUUGGCUUCUGCAGAAAGGUCGGGUUGACGAUGCUGAACUUGUUAUACGAAAUGCUGCCAAAAGGAACAGAGUCCCCGUGCCUGAGGUGAUAUUCAGGGCUGGCCAGUGCUUGGAGCUAAAGAAAGAUAAAGGUGAAGAGGAGAUGACACACACUUAUCUGGACCUGGUACGCACCCCCAACAUGAGGAAUAUUACAAUUCUAGGUGUUUUUAUAGGGAUGUCCGUUGCCAUGGUCUAUUUUGGUCUCUCUCUCAACACCAGUAACCUGAAUGGAAACGUCUACCUCAACUGCUUCCUCUCAGCAGCCAUUGACAUUGCAGUUUAUGUAGCCACUGGGCUGCUGGUCAACCGUGCACCUCGACCCACUCUCCUCUUCUGCAUGUUGAUCCUCUGUGGCAUCAUGCUCUUGCUCAUCCAGCUGGUUCCUGAAGACAUGCUUGUCAUGCUCAAGGUGUUCACCUUGGUUGGAAGGAUGGGCUCAACUAGUGCUUACAUCUUCCUCUUUGUGUUCUUCACUGAGCUGAUGCCCACUGUGGUCAGGAACAUGGGCUUAGGGAUCACCACCACUGCUGCAUUCGCUGGCUCCAUCAUGUCUCCCUAUGUGAUCUACAUGGGUGUUUACAGCAGGGUCCUGCCGUACAUUAUUUUUGGUACAGUCUGCCUCAUGGCUGCUGCUGCGGGCUUGUUGCUGCCAGACACCAGAAACAGCAAACUUCCUGACCUUAUCAGCCAGACUAGACCCAUCAGAAGCUGCUUCUGCUGCUGUCCAGAGAAAACAGCUGCUGCCCAGUCAGACACAACUGGAGACUGUAGAGAAAGGAACAACCGCUCCCCCUGCUGACAGAACAUUAGACAGCAAGAGUCUAUCGGUCUAAAGACAAAAGCCCUUAAAACACAAACUGUGUUGCUGUGUCUUCUGAUGGGUUGGACAUUAAUGUUGUUCAGGAGAGAGAGCCUCAGAGCUUCUCUGCUCUUUUCACAUUCAUGAAUAUGAAAAGUACAUUUAUGUCAACUUGAAAAUAUUAGUAACCGUAAUAAAGACUCAUAUGUUUAAAACCACGAUAAAUGUUUGUUGUCUAAUAAACACACUUUUUUAUUGAUGCA